AUGCCUGCCCUAUCUUUUGACGUGAGCCCCCAAGGGGAGCCUCUGGCCACUUUGAGGACCAUAACAUUUGCCAACCUUCUGGACCGCGAUCCCAUUGAGAUGACGAAGCUGAUACGAGCAUGCGAGGAAGUCGGCUUCUUUUACUUGAAGCUUACUUGCCCUGGCUCACAGAAUAUUCUUCAAAAUCUGGAAGAACUUUCUUCGACUAUGCGCGAGUGGUUUUCUCAGGAUGAGGACACAAAGCUGAAGACGGCAACCAUCAGUAAUUCUCAUGGAUACAAGCCACUUGGCCAGCACGCGGGAAUAGGCGCAACACGAGACGGCUGGGAAGCUUUAAAAAUUGGGAGCUCCGAGCUUUCUGGCCGAUGGGCCUUGCCGUCCGUGGUCAGGGACAGAGCCGAGAAAUUCUCUGAGUUCCACAGCGAAUGCCACUAUGUCACCAAGAUUCUUCUGGACUGCAUUUCAUCGAAGCUAGGGCUCUUGGGCCAGGAGAGCCUCCAGCAAUACCACCGCAACGACGCACCGUCGAAGAGCUCCCUCUUCUUCAUCCACUACCCAGCCAUGGACCUCUCGCAGGGGUCGCUCGGGCAGAACCAGCAUACCGACAUCGGGUCGCUGACGCUGCUAUUCGCGCAGCAGUGGGGCCUACAGGUCCUCUGCCCCGUCAACUUCGUCUGCCCUGAGACAGGCGAGCGGCUCCAGUGGCGCAGUGUUGAGCCCCGGCCCGGCCACGCCAUCGUGAACGUCGGCGACACGCUGCGCUUCCUCUCGGGGCAGAAGCUGAGGUCGGCUCUCCACCGUGCCAUGCCGCUCGACGGUGUGGGUAGGUACAGCGUGGCCUAUUUCCUGCGGCCCAGCGACGACAGCGAGUUCCGCGACAGCCGCGGCCAGGCGACCACGGCCGUCGGCUGGUAUCUCAAGAAGAACGAGACCUAUGAGUCGCACGCGGCACAGGACGAGGCUAUUCUCACCGGUGGUAUUAAGAAAAUUUACAGUCUCGAUACUGGACGGGUGUAA